ACACCUCUCUUCUCACAGCCUUAUCAGGAACCCCACAGGAACUUAUAGGACAUUGCUUUUGGUUUUCUUUUGCAUUUGGGAUCCUUCAGUCACUUCGCUGAUUUGUGUGAUGCCCCAGCCAAGCCUGCACUGAGGAUUUGGGUCUUGAAGAAAGAGCAGCCCAUCAGACAGCAGAUAAUAAGACAACAAAGAAAAUGGAGUCUAACUGUCGCAAGCUGGUGACAGCCUGUGUCCAAUCAGAUAAGGAUAAAAAUCACCAAAGUAAAAAUGACGAUUCCAGCACUGAUGACCCCUCCAAGAAGAAGAGACAGAGGAGGCAGAGGACGCACUUCACCAGCCAACAGCUCCAGGAGUUAGAGGCCACCUUCCAGAGGAACCGCUACCCUGACAUGUCCACCAGGGAGGAGAUCGCUGUGUGGACCAACCUCACCGAGGCCAGAGUCAGAGUUUGGUUCAAGAACCGCAGAGCUAAAUGGAGAAAGAGGGAGAGGAACCAGCAGGCUGAGCUGUGUAAGAAUGGCUUUGGGCCUCAGUUCAAUGGGCUCAUGCAACCCUACGAAGACAUGUACCCAAGCUACUCCUACAACAACUGGGCAGCCAAAGGGUUGACUUCGGCUUCUCUCUCCACCAAGAGCUUCCCUUUCUUCAACUCUAUGAAUGUCAACCCCCUGUCCUCACAGAGCAUGUUCUCCUCACCCAACUCCAUCUCCUCCAUGAGCAUGUCCUCCAGCAUGGUGCCCUCUGCAGUCACUGGGGUGCCAGGCUCCAGUCUCAACAGCUUGAAUAAUCUGAACAACUUGAGCAACCCCUCUCUGAAUUCAGCCGUGCCAACGUCAGCCUGCCCCUAUGCCCCUCCAACACCCCCCUAUGUCUACAGGGACACAUGUAACUCCAGCCUGGCAAGCCUUAGACUCAAAGCCAAACAGCACUCUAGUUUUGGAUAUGCUAGUGUUCAGAACCCAGGAUCAAAUCUCAGUGCGUGCCAGUAUGCUGUGGACAGGCCUGUCUGAUAUAUACAAUGUGCAUGUGUAAAUAUACCUUAUGGGAACCAUCCUUUCUACAAAGACUUUACCUAUCUGGACACUAAAAAAGUGAGGAACCGAAAGGAAAGCAAAGUGCAAAAAAAAAAAAUGAAAUGUGUCUUGUUUUCAAGGGAUGGCCUACAGCCACUUCUUUGAAUGUAUUAUCAGUCACAGGACGCUGAUAAAUCCAUAUAUAUGGACACAUUUGACUGGAUAUUACAGUUUAAAGUUACUAUAAGCUUGUAAUUUUUUUUUUUAGCAUUGUUAAAAGAAAACAGGAACGGACUGAAAGGAUGUAUAUAUUGAAAUGUCAAAAAUAAUUUUAUAAAACGCAGUUGUUGGUCAUAACUUUACAGUGUUAAUAUGCACCGGGCUUUCACAAAGCAUGCAAAAAGGAGCCAAA